GCUUCUGCUGCCAACUUGAUACCCAUACAUUCAGCCUGGAAUACUGUGUUAUGGUUGCCAAGCGGUGUUGAAAUCCUGAUAUUGGGGUCUUCAGAAAAUACCCCAGUACCUGUUCCUGCAUUUAUUUUGGACCCGUCAGUGAAGAUGCGAACCUCUUUGGGGUCAAAAGGAUGUUUUCUUUUACCCACCGUGACAACAACGCUACAGAAGACUUCCGACUCCGAUCAAAGGAGAGAACAUAGAGAGAAAUGCCAAAGAAUCAUUGAUUAUGUGUUUGGAAAUGGACCGUUUCCUUAUUCUGAUAUCAAGGGAACCAAUGAAUUUUAUGAAGAAGAUAUAGCCCAAAUAAUAGCACAACAGAAACAAAACACUGACGGUGAAAAGCAAACCCAAAACAAAGAGGAGGAAACCGUCAAGAUAGAGACAGUUGUUACCUCAGAAGAUCAGCCAGAAAUUAUAACUAUACGUAAAGACAAAGAAGUACCUUCAUCAGAUAGUUCAACGAAAUCCCUAGAUUGCGAUGAAGAGGUCCACUUAGCUGUAGUUGACUACAAACAUGCAAAAUCAAGUACAAAUGACGUUAUAACGUCUUUACCUCACUCUGAAGGUCAGAGCCCUAAGGUAAAUAAAAUUCAAGAGUUAGACUGGGACCAUCAAUGGAAGAAAUCAAGUACAACUAUUACACCGAAGCCAUUUGAAUUAAAACUAAUAAAGCCACUUGUAACAUGUCAUCACAAAAUGACAGAUACUAAAUGUCAUGAUAAAAUAAAUACGUCUGAUGAUGAGUUUUUGUAUGAAAAUAGUUGUGGUGAAGAAAUUCGCAAAGAAUUAACUAAAAGAACCAAUAAAAUGGCAAAAAGAGAAAUUACCUCUAACGUCGCUGGAUAUCGAAAAAACACACAAGAUAAUAGUGGUGCUGAAAAUGAAGUAAAAGCUAUUGCUGACGUUAAAAGAAACGAAGUGAAAAAAAAUUCUCAUAGAAUAACAAUUAAUGAGUUCACAGAUGAUACACAACAAAUGAUGAACACAGAAAAUCCAGGUCAUAGAUUGAUACAUAUAACUAAUGAGAAACAAAAUAAUAAUUUAAAACCGAUGACGGAAAACUCAGCUGAGAUGCAGCAUAUUAACACGCCUCAUGUGCAGCAUAAAGUUCUAUCAAGUAAGACAACAGCAAUGACAAACGUUAAAUCUUCUUCCAAAACCAAACCGAAUUCAGACCAAGUUUUCGUGAGUAAACCUAAAACGUUAAAACUUCUUCCAAAACCAAACUGAAUUCAGA